AGCCUCGCCGGGGCUGAGGCCGGGACACAAAGAGUUAAAUGAAACACGGAGAGGCUGGUGAGCUCAUCAGAGCUGGGAGACCUUCUAUUGUUUAUUAGACUCUUAACAGAGCCCAGUAGGCAACAUCCAGAGGGAUGCGGAGAUGGGGAUGAGCCUGGCUUAGGAGAAGAGGAGCUGCUGGAGCCCAUCCCACCACUGGUGGGGUGUCCAGCUGUCCCCUUGCCACGUGGGAGCAGAACAAAGGUUCUGCCUCAGCAUCCCCCUAGAGCACCAACCAUUAUUGUCAGUGUUUGGUUGGUGUCGUAGGAGCCCGUGGCUGGAGCCAGGACUUAGAGGAGUGAUGAGGUCUCCUCCUGACAUCCCAUCACCAUGGAAAUUCCUCCCAAGAGCCCUGAUGGGAGUGAGAAAUCUCCUCAGUCCAAGGAGCUGCUGAGCAGUAACACAGCCAGCACCCCCUGCAUCAGCUCCCGGAGUGAAUCCGUCUGGACCAGCACAUCCAGGAGCAAGUGGGACAUCUACCACAAGCCUGUCAUUGUCAUGUCUGUGGGAGCAGCUGUCUUUGUCUUUGGGACGGUCAUCACCAGUCUGUCUUGCUUCAUAGAAAAGAACAAAUACGUUUACAAAAUGUGUGGCCCAGCUUUCCUCUCCAUGGGGCUGAUGCUCCUCGUUUGUGGCCUUGUCUGGGUCCCCAUCAUCCGAAAAAAGCAGAAGCAGAGACAGAAGUCACAGUUCCUGCAGAGCCUCAAGUCCUUCUUCUUUAACCGCUGAGGGCAGCCCAGGGCCUCCCCAGGAAGGCUCCUUCUCUUCUUCUCUUCUCUUCUCUUCUCUUCUCUUCUCUUCUCUUCUCUUCUCUUCUCUUCUCUUCU